GGGCACCCCUCAGCACGCUCGUCCCUCCUGAGCCAGUCUUAGUGAAGACCCGCGCCCUGAACCCCUCGCCUUGCCACGACCCUUCUAGUCCUGUCCCCUUCCCGCCACGUCCCUUCCCGCCGCCACGGCUUUUUUUCUUUUUUGUACCGGGGCUCAUACUUUGGGUCCUUGCGCUUGUGAGGCGGCACCACUGAGCUAAGUCCCGGGUUCCUUGGCCUUCUUGCUUUGCCCCUCCUGAGCCCUGCCCCAGCUACACCCUCUGCCCCAGCUGGAACCGGCCCUGGACUGCCUGUCCCUACAGAGUCCUUGGCGCUUCCCCUGGCCCCUCCUCCGAGGCCGCCUGGCCGCCUCCAGUUCACAGGAGGCGGCAGCGGGACAGCAGGUGCUUCUGCCUGAGGCUGCUGUUUGUGAGGAGAGCUUCUGUGGGUUCCCUGCGGUGGGAACCUAGCGUGACUCGGACAGGAACAGGAAGGCUGGGCGAGUAGGCGGUUGUCUUGGGUGUGUCCUUCACUCUGAGCUGUGUUCCUUCUUCAGCCAUGCAGGAAGAGAAAGGCGUUUGCCCCGAGGACAACCUCUGUCUGGGCCCUGCCCUGCACUCCUGGGGACUAUGGUUUGCGGAGAAAGAGUCACAGCCCACCAUGCUAACAGGGAUUGUGAUUGGAGUCCUCCUGGCCCUUGCCUUUGUGGGUGUUGCCAUUUUGUUUGUGUACCGAAGAGUUCAUGGAUUCCGACAGGUGCAACCCACUCCUCAGUACAGGUUCCGGAAGAGAGACAAAGUAAUGUUUUAUGGCCGGAAGAUCAUGAGAAAGAUGAGUACACUCCCCCAUACACUUGUGGGGAACACAGCUGUACCCCGGCAGCGGGCCAGGAAGAGGACCAAGGUGCUCUCUUUGGCCAAAAGGAUUUUGCGGUUCAAGAAGGAAUAUCCCACCCUGCAGCCUAAGGAACCGCCACCCUCCCUGCUGGAGGCCGAUCUCACAGAGUUUGAUGUGAAGAAUUCUCAUCUGCCAUCAGAAGUUUUGUAUAUGCUGAAAAAUGUUCGGGUCCUGGGCCACUUUGAGAAGCCGCUGUUUCUGGAGCUGUGCAAACACAUGGUCUUUGUGCAGCUGCAUGAAGGAGAGUACAUCUUCCGGCCAGGGGAGCCAGACACCAGCAUCUAUGUGGUGCAGGAUGGGCGGCUAGAGGUCUGCCUCCAGGAUGUGGAUGGUACCGAGGUGGUGGUCAAGGAGGUUCCAGCAGGAGACAGCGUCCACAGCCUCCUCAGCAUUCUGGAUGUUAUCACGGGUCACACCGCACCCUACAAAACAGUCUCUGCCCGAGCAGCUACCCCAUGUACCAUCCUCCGGCUUCCAGCAGUGGCUUUUCAAGGAAUUUUUGAGAAAUACCCCGAGACCCUGGUGAGGGUGGUGCAGAUCAUCAUGGUGCGGCUGCAGAGGGUGACCUUCCUGGCCCUGCACAACUACCUAGGCCUGACGAUAGAGCUCUUCAACCCUGAGAGCCAGGCCAUCCCCCUCGCAUCUGUGGCCAGCGUGGCUGCAGGACGGGCCAAGAGGCAGACAUCCUGUAGCUUAGAGGAACAGCUUGAGAGGCCACCACAGCCCCAGGAGUUCUGUGACUCAGAUUGCAGCAGUAGCCGCUCUGCAGCCUCUGGGCCUCUGCUGAAGAGGAGUCAGUCUGUCCCUCUGCCUUCUAUCCACAAAGUGAUCUCAGAUGAACUUGGGCAGUCCCAGACAGGUGACCCUGACCUUUUGGCCUCACAAGGGGACAAUGUGGGGGUUACUUCAGACCUGGGGAUGGUGUAUGACCGUGCAAGGGUCCUGCUGCACUCGGAUAAGCACCCUGGGAACUCUGUGGCUGGCAAGACCAAGAAAAGUGUGGUUGUUGCAGAGACCCCCUCUGCUAUCUUCCAUUACUCAGAGAGUCCGUGCGACGAGACCAACUCCGGCGGGCAGACAGAUGCAAUCUUCAGAGCCGCCAAGAAAGACCUCCUGACCCUGAUGAAGCUGGAUGAUCCAUCCCUGUUGGAGGGACGAGUAACCUUUCUCCAUGUCCCUGCAGGCACUGUGGUAUCAAGACAAGGAGACCAGGAUGUCAACAUCUUGUUCGUGGUUUCGGGACUAUUGCAUGUGUACCAGCGGAAGAUUGACAACCAGGAAGACACUUGCCUGUUCCUCACGCAUCCCGGGGAGAUGGUGGGACAGCUGGCUGUGCUGACGGGCGAGCCCCUCAUGUUUACCAUCCGGGCCAACAAGGACUGUGGCUUCCUGUCCAUCUCCAAGGCCCACUUCUAUGAGAUCAUGCGGAAGCAGCCAGCUGUUGUCCUGGGUAUGGCGCACACUGUCGUGAAGAGGAUGUCGUCCUUUGUACGGCAGAUUGACUUUGCUUUGGACUGGAUGGAAGUGGAGGCGGGACGUGCCAUAUACAGGCAGGGAGAUAAGUCCGACUGCACGUACAUUGUCCUCAGCGGCCGGCUGCGCUCUGUGAUUCGGAAGGAGGAUGGGAAGAAGCGCCUGGUGGGGGAGUAUGGCCGCGGAGACCUCAUUGGGGUGGUGGAGACACUGACCCAUCAGGCCAGGGCAACCACAGUGCAUGCGGUGCGGGAUUCGGAGCUAGCCAAGUUGCCAGCAGGAGCCCUGACAUCCAUCAAGCGCAGGUAUCCACAGGUGGUGACUCGAUUGAUUCAUCUCUUGGGUGAGAAGAUCCUAGGCAGCCUCCAGCAGGGACCUGCGACAGGUUACCAGCUUGGCCUCUGUGAGGCAGGAAGCAAGUGGGACACAGGAAACACGGCUGGAAACCUGUCCACAGUGGCAGUGAUGCCUGUGUCUGAGGAUGUACCGCUCACCGCCUUUGCCCUGGAGCUGCAGCAUGCACUCAGAGCCAUCGGCCCUGUCCUGCUGCUGACAAGUGACAACAUCAGACAGCACCUUGGCUCUGCAGCUCUGGACAGCAUCCACGAGUACCGGUUAUCCAGCUGGCUGGGGCAGCAGGAGGACAUCCAUCGGAUUGUGCUCUACCAAGCAGACAGCACACUUACCCCUUGGACCCAGCGCUGCAUCCGGCAGGCCGACUGCAUCCUCAUUGUGGGCCUUGGCGAGCAGGAGCCUACAGUGGGUGAGCUGGAGCGAAUGCUGGAGAGCACAGCCAUGCGUGCCCAGAAACAGCUGAUCCUGCUGCACAGGGCUGAGGGCCCAGCACCAGCCCGUACUGUGGAGUGGCUCAACAUGCGGAGCUGGUGCUCAGGCCACCUGCACCUCUGCUGUCCACGGCGCAUCUUCUCCAGGAGGAGCUUGCCCAAGCUGAUGGAGAUGUAUGAGCGCGUCUUCCAGCGGCUUCCAGACCGUCACUCAGACUUCUCGCGCCUGGCACGUGUGCUAACGGGCAACGCUGUUGCCUUGGUGCUUGGAGGAGGGGGAGCAAGAGGCUGUGCCCAGGUAGGCAUCCUCCGGGCCCUGGCAGAGUGUGGCAUCCCUGUGGACAUGGUCGGAGGCACAUCCAUUGGGGCCUUCAUGGGUGCCCUGUACGCUGAGGAGCGGAACUACUGCCAGAUGCGGAUCCGAGCCAAGCAGUGGGCCGAGGACAUGACAUCAAUGGUGAAGGCCAUGCUGGACCUGACCUACCCAAUCACAUCCAUGUUCUCAGGAGCUGGCUUCAACAGCAGUAUCUGCAGCAUCUUCAGAGACCAGCAGAUUGAGGACCUGUGGCUCCCCUAUUUUGCCAUCACUACAGACAUCACAGCCUCUGCCAUGCGGGUCCACAUGGACGGCUCUCUGUGGAGGUACGUGCGUGCCAGCAUGUCCCUGUCGGGCUAUAUGCCCCCUCUCUGUGACCCCAAGGAUGGACACCUGUUAAUGGAUGGGGGCUACAUCAACAACCUCCCAGCGGAUGUGGCCAGAUCCCUGGGGGCAAAGGUGGUGAUCGCCAUUGAUGUGGGCAGCCGAGACGAGAUGGACCUCACCAACUACGGCGAUGCACUAUCUGGGUGGUGGCUGCUGUGGAAACGCUGGAACCCCUUGGCUACAAAAGUGAAGGUGUUGAACAUGGCUGAGAUUCAGACCCGCCUGGCCUACGUCUGCUGCGUCCGGCAGCUGGAGAUGGUGAAGAACAGUGACUACUGUGAGUACUUGCGGCCCCCUAUCGACAACUACCGUACCCUGGACUUCAGCAAGUUUGACGAGAUCUGUGAAGUGGGUUACCAGCAUGGGCGAACUGUGUUCGACAUCUGGGUUAGGAGUGGCAUUCUGGAGAAGAUGCUGCAGGACCAGCAGGGGACAAACAAGAAGAAAGCCAGCACGGUCCUGCCCUGCCCCAAUGCCUCCUUCACGGACCUCGCUGAGAUGGUGUCACGCAUCGAGCCUGCCAAGGCAACUGUAGUGGAUGAUGAAUCUGACUACCAGACUGAGUAUGAGGAAGAGCUGCCGGAUGUCUCCAAGGACACGUAUGCUGACUUCCAGAGCACCCAGAUUGAGCGAGGCUCAGACUCGGAGAAGGACCCCUCGCUGCAGCAUCGGCACCGUGGCCAGGUGUCCCCAGAGCCAUCCCAGGACUCCGUGUCCUCUGGGCUGCCUGACCAAGAUGCAUGGCAGCCUUUGCUCUGAGGGCGCCCAGAAUCUCUCAUCUCCACAGCAGACAGGGCACUGGGCAGAGGCUUUGCCUGAUCCUGAGGGCCCUUUCCUGGGGCUUCUGCUUGUUCUAGGGGGCAGUGAGCUUCUCGGAGGCCAGCCUGGCCUGUCAGCACUGGCAUUUGCAGGUCCCCUGAAGCCUCUGUGAGGUGCAGGAGCCCCGACUGGAUGUUAAUAAAGGCAGAUCUGAUUGUGAACGUUUCUAUUUCUUGGUCAGACGAACACCAAGAUGAACCUGACGACUGUAGGUCCCUGGGGGACAUUUGUCUUCCGUCCUCCGAGGGAGGCAACUCCAGCCAAGGGAGGCAGGGUCUCAGGGCCUGGGUGUACUGGAGACCCCCAAAGCAGAGGGAGCCCCUGGGGCCCACAGGGUUUGUUGGAAGAUGUGA